AUACCACUCAUCACCAAUCCCUCCAUCACCAGUUCCACUACCAUCAAUACCCAAGUGUUUGAAGAUGGCCUCAAAGAGCUCAGCAUCCCUUGCGCUUUUCCUCUCCCUCAACCUUUUCUUUUUUGUUUUUGUCUCUGCCAACCAUUACAACCCAUGCCCAUGCAACCCUAGCCCUUCCCCAAACCCAAAGCCAAACCCCACACCUUCUCCCACCCCAUCAUCGGGCGGUAAGUGCCCUAGAGACGCGCUCAAACUCGGCGUAUGCGCCAACUUGCUAGGGUUGGCGAAGAUCAAGGUGGGGUCCCCACCUACCCUCCCUUGUUGCUCUCUCCUCCAAGGCCUGGUUGAUCUUGAAGUCGCCGCAUGCCUUUGCACCGCCAUUAAGGCCAACAUCUUGGGCAUUAAUCUCAACAUCCCCAUCGCCCUUAGCUUGCUCGUGAAUGCAUGUGGGAAUAAGGUUCCAUCAGGGUUCAAAUGCGCCUAAGAGCUCUAAUAAUCGUUAGUUUCGGUCUUCUUUCCUUUGAUUACAAUAUCAUGUCUUUGUGUUUUGCUUAGUGAAGUGAAUUGCAAGCCUUCAACAAGUGCAGUAGGAUUUAUGCUGUUUUCUUUGCAUGUAUCAUCAUCAUGUCUUUCUUUAGCUUCUACUUACACUGUGGAUACAGUUGUUAAAUGUAGUUGUGAGUGAGAGAGGGAGCAUUUGGAGCCAUGAAAAAUACAAUGGCUUUGUAUUUUCCAUCAUAAGGAUGGCGAUCUUAAAUAAAGCUUCGUUUGUGAUCGAA